AUGACAAAGUCUGACAUUUGCGACGCUAGGAGUGACGAGACAGAGUUCAGCGACCAGAGCACCGUCGAGGCCCACGAGCAGCAGCCCCUUCUCUCCACGGGCACGCAAAUCGAGAAUUAUCAAAACAACAAAGUAAUAAAACAAAAGCAAUACUCCUCAAUCGCCACCAGAGAAGGGAGAAAGAGAAAGUCAAAAGCAACCAUGUCGCAAGAAGCUGUCAACACGCCCGGGCUCGAUCAGACGGUUCAGGAUUUCAAAGCAAUUGAAGAUCGAGAUCCAAAGAAACUCAACGACGAUGUCAGAAUUAAAUUCGACGAAAUUAUCGCUGAGCCAGAAGGUUACCACUCCUCAAAAUACAUCUGGCAUUUGAGUAACGAAGUCUAUGUUUUCUUCAAAGAUGCCUCCUACCAAGUUCUGUCCCUUAUCUUUGGAAUUCCACUGGCUGCUUUCUGGGAAAAGUCUGGUAAGGAGCUCUCGGGACGAUCUCUCCCUUGUUCUGGUUCUCUCGUGCGCUACUCACCCCAAGCACUCUUUGAGUUCGGCAUAACUCCCUUCACCACCCGAGAAUAUUUUAGACUUUCCCUUUUGACACCUCAUCGCCUCAAAAGAUCCCCUGCAACCACCACUGCUACUGAGGAAGCACCUGUAGAACAAACUAAAGCCGCCGAAGCCGCCCCAGCUCAGGCGAAAGUUGAAGUUGCCGAGACCUCCGGAGACGUUCUUCUCCAGUCCGAAGAGGCACCAAAAAAGAAAGAGAAAAAGGGCUUCACUUUGCCAAAGGUUAACCUUGAUGUAAAAUGCAAAUUUAAAAAAGGUGCCCUUCCAGAGCCAAGCUUCACACCAAAAUACUACAAAGAUGUCGAAUACGCCAACCGUGAUCAGCACAAUCUCCACCCGGACAUCAAGGUCAACUUUUCCGAUGUCAUCGCCGAGCCUGACGGUGCUCACUCCUUCGCAACCAUUUGGGGAACAUCUUACAAAUCUUACUCUGUUGUCAAAUACUGGACUUACAGAAUCUUGACAGCAGUUUUGGCCGUGCCCAUGUCAAUCAUGUGGGGUCUCUACUUUGCUCUCCUCGCUUUCUGCUCGAUUUGGUGUGUCGUCCCAUUCAUCCGUGGCUUCGUUAUUUGGGCCGAAUUCGUGAAGAAAGUCUGGGGACUGAUGGUCAGAACAUUCCUCGACCCAUUAUUCGAAUCGUUUGGUCUAAUCUUCACGAAGAUCCAAGUCACUCUAAGGAUGAAAAACGAAACUGUAGAAGAUCUGGAGAAACAGUCCUUCGCUGAUGGAACUUUCACUUGUGACUCGAGCGCCGACUCUUGUACGGCAACCUGCACCGACACUUCUCUUUUCCCAUAUCCAGCUUCCGUUGUUGGAUGCAAUGCAGGAGAAAUUUCACCAACGGAUGCUUCUUCAAUGACUCUCACUUGCAAAGCAACCAGUUGCGGUGAUCCAGCGGACUUCAAUUAUGGAGAAAACUGGGUUGAUGUCACCGCUACCUGCUCUGGAGAGACGUGCUCUCUCACAUGCGACGGAGAUGCUUCGAGACCUGUUCCUUACCCUGUCAGCGAAGUUUCAUGCUCAAAUGGAGCGCUUACGCCUCCUGGUGGUUCGGAAAUCUACUGUGCCGAAACUUCAUGCGGUCGUCUUGAAGACUUUUACAACGUUGACAAUACAGGACUAACUUCUACUUGCACUGGUGAUUCAUGCUCACUUUCCUGCCCUGCUGGGGAAAUGCCAACUUAUCUCACUCUUCAGUGUGACACUGCGAGUAGUACUUACCAGCACGUUCACGACUCUCAAUCAGAAAUGGUCGAGUGUGUGCCCGAAUACGACACGCCCUGCGGGCAAAUCGACUCAGCUUUUACCAUCGAUAAGAAUGCUUUCAAUAUAAGCUGCUCAGGAAUCGAGUCUUUUUAUCAAACGACUCCAGUAACUUGCGAUCUGACCUGCGCGGACCCGACGCACACGCUUGUCGGCGAGUCGACCGUCGUCUGCGAGAAUUCUCAGUUCACCAAUGCGGGCAGUGAAAUCCGCUGCGAUCCACCACCAACCAAGACCUGUGUCUCCUUCCAAUACCAAGAUACUUCUAUGGCUUUCGCGGAUGCAGAAGUCGUUUGUGCCAACCUCGGCGGUUACCUUCCAUUUUUCAAGGCUUGGUUGCAGAAUUCCCUCCCGAUUUUAAUAAUUUUAACACAAGAAGAACUUGAUUUGUACAAUUCGUUACCAUCACCUACUAGCCAAUGGCUGGGUAUAAGCAAAACAGAUAAUCAAGGAGGAGUGCAAGGUGCAGAUGGUUCAACACUGACAAUAACAAACUGGGCUGUUGGAGAACCGAAUGGGCACAAUCCUGAUUUUGCCAAUCAACCUUCACAGGACUGUCUCGUUAGCAAAAAAGAAACAGACCCCCUUGCAUACCAGUGGAAUGAUGUCGGGUGCGUUGGAACCAACCCGAAGUUCUAUUGUAGAACUAAAUCUGAGGUUCCCGUAGAUCAGGCUGAUCCUACCGAUUCUGUUUGCUACGAGCCUGUUGGAACAAAAGAUUGUAUCCAGUUUGAGCUUCACGACACCCCUGUUCCUUUCGCUGACGCAGAGCAAACUUGUACAACCGAUACAACCGAGUGGCUUGGAAUCUCUAAAGACGGCUCAGGCGGCUUCGUAGCUGCCGAUGGAUCCCCACAGACGAUCACACAUUGGGCGUCAGGAGAGCCGAAUGGGAAUUCCUUCGAAGCCUGUAUCGAGAGUUGGAGCAUUACUGCGCCAAAUGGAAAUGGCAAAAAAUGGAAUGAUACGACAUGUACCCUGAAUAGAAAAUUUAGAUGUCGCAAAGAAGUGACUAUUCCAGCUGAUCAAAAUCCAGCCGAUCAUUACUGUCCUUCUGUUUGA